AGCUACUUGGUUGAAAUAGAAUUGUCGUUGUUUAUUCAUCAAGAGUGCAAAGCUGUUACUGUGAUAAACUGCUUGUUAUCCAUUUUGUACUCUGGGUGAAGCUUUACCCAGCAUGCAUAGCAAGGCGGAAAGCACGACCGUAAAAGGUUUUCGCUGGUGACCGUAGUAUCAAGACACGCAUGACAGAACAAGGUUGACUGUGAAUUCCCUAUGUCUUCUUAUCUUGUUGUCAUUUUCAACUUUUAACGGAAAUACAUUAACAGUUUGUAAGAAAUAUUAUUUGACGUCUAUAUUCCUCUUGGUUGGAUUUCAUAUCGAAGUCGACUUGACUGACAUUUUUGUCGGUGGCUCACACAGUAUUACCAUGAAAAGUCAUUUUAUACUUGUUGGACUUGUAGCAAUCUUGUUGCACUCUACGUGGGCAGAAGAAGGCAGCGGUACAGACAGCUCGGGCGAGGAUGCUGAUGGGCCUGAUAAUUGUGCUAAAGCUCCUUGUAAAAAUGGAGGCACGUGUAUCAACGAUUAUAAUAAGAUUGAUGGAUAUCGGUGCGAUUGUCAGACGGACUUUGGUGGGAUUAAUUGUGAUGAACUUAAAUGUCGCAUUAGUCUCGCUGCAUACGCAUCGAAGAUCUGUCUGGUCAGAAGAGAAAUUGGUCGGAAAACUAAGAAAAUGUUAAUCAAAUUAACAUCUUCAAGAAAGGAGGACUUUUCAAAUGGUUUAGAAGUACAAGUUCCUCUUCUUCUUAAGAAAGGAGCAGCAAGUUUUGUUCAGAGUGCGUCUACUGAUCCCUUUACCAUUGAAUGGUACAUGAAGAUGACAGACAAUGCUGACUUAAAUAAAGACAUUGAGUCUCACUUUACCCUUAAAGACCCACGCUUUCACAGUACACCGACUUUACUGGACUUUGCUAUCGUUUAUGAAGCCUUCUAUAAGCACCAUAAGAAACGCAGUGCAAUGAGUGCUCUGAAGCGCGUUCCUUCCAUUGAAGACAACUUCUUUAAAGACAGAUGCUUUGCUGACCAGCGAUUGGCUGGUGCAAACCCUUACCAAAUAUGGAGAGUUACAAGGAAAGAUGAGAAGGAAGGCAUAAGUUGGAGCUCAUUCUAUGAAUUGCUAUUAAAUAGAGAUUUUGACUGGCAUAAAGCUUUCCGUAAAGUUUUGGGAACAGAGGAUAAUGACGCACUAGAUAAGGCCAUCGACAAUGGAGAUGUUUAUGUUACAUAUUACCCAGAACUCAACGGAAUCAAAACACCCACUGAUCUUAAAGAUUACAAGUUCAAUCACACUGUACUGCCGCUGACCGCACCCAUCGCAUUCUUCGUUGUCAAGGAAUAUGAACCUGGAGUCCGUCGCCUCAGCCCAGUUGCUAUCCAACUCGACAUGGAUAAAAAAGCUCCUGUUAGCUCCCCCGAUGAUCAAAAAGCCUGGUUCUUUGCUAAAUCCACCGUUCAACGAGCAGAUAUCAAUAUUUUACAUUUAAUCAAGAAAAGAUUGAAGACUCAUUUGUACAUGGACGCACCUUGUACGUUGGUAGAAAAGUAUUUCUCUGAAUAUCAUCCAUUACAUCAGAUAUUGCGUCAUCAUUGCCGAGCAAACCUGGAGACUAAUAAGCUGUUUGAAUUAAAACUUUACGGGCCAAAAGCACCAAUCUAUAAAGCACUGAGUCUGGACUUUUUAUCGUCUCGAAACCUUGUGAAUAAAGAAUAUGUUAACAUGACGUUUGAAGAUAUCGACCUUAUUAAAGAAUUAAAGAAACGUGGUGUAUAUAACGACAAGAGACUUCCAUAUUAUCCUUAUCGAGAUGAUGGUGUUAAACUGUACAAAGCUAUAAGUACUUAUUUGGGUGACUACUUAAAACUGUACUAUAAAAAUGACGACGAUGUCGCCAAGGACUACGAGUUACAAGACUUUGCCAACGAAAUGUCAAUCAAUGGAAAGGGUGAAGAGGGAGGUCUGGGAAUGGUCAAGAAAUUCCCUGCAGAAAUCAAGACUCGUGAUGAUUUAAGUAGUAUUCUUACUACGUUCGUGUGGGCGUUGACUGGUCAACACGCUGCUGUAACGUUUCCACUUCUAGAGUAUGGCGGAUUUGUACCAAACUCACCUCACAGGCUAUUUGCUGAUGCAGAAGGGAAGGCCAGUUUUAGCAACAGUAUGUUUGGCAAUAAAGCUAUCGCAUUGGAAGUUGCCGAGUUAAGUUCCAACGUUGCAUCUAUUCAUCUUGAUCAGUUGUUCGAUUACUUCAGCAAACUUGAAGAUCCUAAAGCAAAAAUAUUGGUACAGAAAUUCUACGAUGACUUAGAUGGAUUGAGCAAAUCUAUUGUGCAAGACAAUGAUCAACGCGUUCGUGAUGGAUUCCUUCCUUAUCCUUACUUCCUUCCUUCCUUUGUUUCCAAUAGCAUUAGUACCUAGUCUAAUAAUCAUGAACAAUGUCUAGGGUUGGGUGGGUUAGAUUACACCACUCAGUCUAUCUUCAUGAAUUGAUUAUCAAUUCACUUACUGCGACACCGAGUUACUAACUCGAGCUAAACAGAAAUGCUCUGUCGUGAAUAUAUUUAGGGAGGGGAUGGUGGGGAUACAAGUGAUAGAUAAAGAUGUUUGAAAGGGCAAUAUUCCAACUGUAUAUUCCUAGACUUUGCAAAUGGCCACAAACUAUUUACAUGUAAUAAAGACAAAUUUGGCAAUGAUUA